AGGUGAGAUUAAACUAAGAAAAAAUUGUUAGUAGAAAGCAGGCAGAAUGAGAGAGCAAAAAAGCUUGGACAACAUCAACAGAAAAAUGGGAUAUUCUUUCUACCUUGCAUAUCUGUGCACAGAGACUUCAAUUAGUGGUCAAAAGAUGGCAGGAAAAACAAAAUUGACACAAUCAACAUUUGAAUUUGUGUGGAAUAAGGGGAAUGAAACACAAUGGAGAGGUUGUUCUUUGAGUGAAAGUACAGCUCGGGGAAUCCAAUUUCUUCAAAAAGAGUUUGGCAAGUGAGGAGAAAAAUAAAAUCAAGAAUGAAAAGAGUUUCAAGGCAGGAAGUGGUGGAAGAAAUGAAGAAGCAAGCAUGGUUAGCCGGGCCUCUCUUCACUGUUGGUGUGCUGCAGUACAGUUUGCAGGUGAUAUCUGUUAUGUUUGUUGGCCAUCUUGGAGAAUUGCCUCUUUCCGGCGCUUCACUCGCCACUUCCUUUGCAUCUGUCACCGGUUUCAAUUUGUUGAUGGGUAUGGCUAGUGCAUUGGAUACCUUGUGUGGCCAGUCAUUUGGGGCAGGGCAGCACCAUAUGCUAGGCAUACAAAUGCAAAGAGCUACCUUUGUUCUCUCAUUUGUAAGUGUCUUUCUAGCAAUCAUGUUGGUAUUCACCAAACAUAUUCUAGUUGCAAUGCACCAGCAAGUUGCCAUAGCUGAGGAAGCCGGGGUUUAUGCCAUUUACAUGAUUCCAAGCCUUUUUGCUUAUGGUAUCUUUCAAUGCCUCCUCAAGUUUCUACAAACUCAAAACAUUGUCUUCCCCAUGGUGUUGAGCUCUGCAGUGGUGGCCUUACUUCACAUACCUUUAUGUUGGGUGUUAGUAAUUAAGUCAGGAAUUGGAAGUAAGGGAGCUGCCAUAGCAAAUUCAGUAUCAUACUGGUUAAAUGUGCUUCUGAUAGGAUUUUAUGUGAAGUUUUCUUCCUCGUGUGCAAAAACAUGGACCGGCUUCUCAGUGAAGGCCUUGCAAAAUAUCCCAGAAUUCCUUAAAAUUUCUAUUCCUUCAGCUUGUAUGCUUUGCUUAAAGGCUUGGACAUUUGAACUAAUGGUUCUGCUAUCUGGCCUUCUUCCAAAUCCACAGUUAGAAACUUCAGUGUUAUCUAUAUGUCUUAACACAUUCGUAAUUGCAUGGAUGAUUCCCUUUGGAUUGAGCUGCGCUGUGAGCACAAGGGUCUCAAAUGAACUAGGGGCUGGUCAUCCACAAGCUGCAAGUCUUGCAGUUCGAGUUGCUCUCUUCCUAGUCCUUGCUGAUGGUAUUAUGAUGGUAUUAGUCAUGAUCCUGCUAAGAAAAAUAUGGGGCAAUCUUUACAGCAGUGAUACACAUGUUAUAAAAUAUGUAGCAGCCGUGAUGCCAAUUCUUGCUACAUGCAGCUUCCUUGAUGGGAUUCAAAGUGUUCUUUCAGGCAUUGCAAGAGGUUCUGGCUGGCAGAAGAUUGGUGCAAUUGUGAAUCUUGGAUCAUUUUAUUUUGUGGGAGUUCCUUCUUCAGUGGUGUUGGCUUUUGUUUUACAUAUGAAAGGAAAGGGCCUUUGGCUGGGGAUUGUUUCUGCAUUCAUUGUGCAAGUGAUACUCUUUGGUGUCAUUACAAUUAGAACUAGCUGGGACAAAGAAGCAAAUAAGGCAGCAAUGAGAGUGAAAGAUACCAAAAUCCCUCAGGAGUUGCCACAGAGAGAUCCAUUUACCAUCACAGAAAUGAAUUGAUGUCAUCUUUACAGAAUUAAAAGACAUGAGGCAUUAAUUUAAAUCACCAUACAAAAUGUCAUCUCUCUCUUUCUCAACACACACGCACACAUUACACAUAUGAGAGUUUCAAAAGAACGAAUCUUAACAUAUAAUUCAAGUAGAUGGUUAAAAUUAAAGCUAAGUAAAAUAAUUUUGACUUCUUGUAAUAUGGUUGUAUGAUCAAAACUUACUCUUCUCAUCUCUCACACUCUUACUGGAUAUUAAUGAUAUCAGACAGGGUCAUUGGUCAA